AUGGAUAAAGUUGAGCAAAGGAUAAGGACCCAUAAUGCUAAACUAAUGGAUACACUGAAACAUCAGAAAGAAGAGCGAGAAAAGCGACGACGAUCGUUUCAUGAGCGCCUCUUACAAACACAACAAGAAGAUGAUGAUUUUAAACGACAAAUUGCAAAUAUCCUGAACCGUGUGGAUAUCUCAAAGAACCGAGCAUCUGUCUACGAUCUAAUACGCGAUAUGGAAGUACCAAAGGCCAAUGUAAAAUAA